AUGGUCCUGGGAGGUAUACAGAGGCGCGUUGGCGUCCAGCGCCUGUCAAUGUCCCUUACACCGUUGCGACUCCCUCCACGCCGGACCCUGAUCCCCCCGCCGACCCCCAGUUCGGGUCCUCUGAUGGAGCGACGUGCAGAUCGAGAGCUUCCUUCUGUAAAUACGAAUAGAGGCUGGCUACGUACGCUGCCAAUCUUUGCGGUUGUCGUUGGGGCGGCCAUGCUGGGUAUUUUCAACUACCAGAAAUCAUCCUCGAGCGUGGUCAGCGGUACGCUCUACGCUCUUCGGACCUCUCCUCGGGCUCGGGAGAUCCUAGGUGACGAGAUUUACUUUGCUCAGAAAAUGCCUUGGAUUAGUGGUGAGAUGAACCAAUUGCACGGGAGGAUCGACAUUUCAUUUUGGGUGAAGGGGACCAAGGGAAUAGGUAAAAUGAGGUUUCGGAGCAUUAGGCCUGAUCGCAUGAGCUAUUUCCGGACACAGGAAUGGAGCCUAGAGACUGAGGAUGGAAAGGUGGUGCAAUUACUCGACGAGAGCGACGGUGAUCCAUUUCAACAGGCAUGA